AUGUCGAACUAUGCGAAGUUCAUAAAAGACCUUCUAUCAAAGAAACGCAAGUUGAAGGAAUGCGAAACAGUGGCCUUGACAGAGGAGUGCAGUGUAAUCAUCCAGAAGAAACUUCCUCCCAAGCUAAAGGAUCCAGGAAGUUUCAGUAUUCCUAUAGCCAUAGGAAAUAUUGAAGUAGGGAAAGCACUAUGCAAUUUGGGAGCAAGUAUAAACCUGAUGCCACUAUCCAUGUGCAGAGCUCUUGGAAUAAAGGAGCUCAAGUCGACUACAGUUUCUCUCCAGUUAGCUGACAGAUCGAUCAGGCGACCAGAUGGGAUAAUUGAGGAUGUUUUAGUUAAAAUUGACAAAUUUAUUUUCCCUGCAUAUUUUGUAGUUCUGAAUAUGGAAGAAGACACCGAGAUUCCCCUAUUGCUUGGAAGGCCAUUCUUAGCCACCGCAAGGGCAAUGAUCGAUGUGGAGCAAGGAAAACUGAUGCUGAGGGUGAACGAAGAAACAGUCACCAUUGACGUCUUCGAAUCAAUGAAACAUCCAACUGACGGAGGAGACUGUUUUAUGAUUGACAUAAUACAAGAAACAAUUGAUGAUGCUAUGAAAAAAGAGAGUUCCCCACUCGUGUUAGAACAAAUCAACGAAGAAGUUGAAAUAGCUGAUAAAGAACUAGUGGUGGAAUGA